AAUAUCUUAUAUCGUUGAAAAGAAAUAAAUAAUUGAGGAGUAAAAAAUCAGUGUACAACGUGUAUUGAAAAAUGCGUAUUUUGAUGUCUUCAUAGUGAAUUGUUAAUGUAGAAAACAUGCCGUGCUGUGCUGUGAGUAAGUGUAAGACUGGAUAUAAAAACAAUCCCGAGAAAGGAAAUUUAUGCUUUAGUCAGCAUAUGCAUGUGUAUGAAUGUGUGUGCUUGCUCACGCUCGUGCAGUGGACAAUUGUGUAGGUUGCACAGACCCACCGCCACAGCUGAGUUUCCGAGCACUUCCGAAUCGUUAUGUCGGUGUAUUCGUGACUGCCUGAUAUGUUUGCCCCUUGAAUAACAUCUGCUAGGCCAAGAUGAAAAGAUUUCUCAUACCAUUAAACAAGGCAGUCGACGCAGAGCCUCAACAACGCAACCUACCCCUUACAGACGACUUAACCUAUAAAGAUUCAGACUCUUUUGACACACAUCUAACCAGAAAAAAACAAAAAUUGAAUAACAGCAACAAAUGUGAGAGUGAUUCCGAAAAUAUCCCUACUCAAGAUAAAGAGUCAAUCUUUUUAGAUCAAGAUUUGCCCGUCUCAAAAAGUACAUGGGAGCGGUGGAAAUCUCAGUAUCCUUGGAUUUCUCUCAGUUCAUCCAGGAAAGUCGUGUGCUUAAUCUGUACUGAAGCUACAGAGAAGAAUUUAUUAUUAGGAGAUUCUUUAACGUGUAGAAGUGGAAGUAUUUCACUAGAGGCAUUUGUGACAAGUGGAUUUAAUUGCUGGACCAAUGCCAUAACUCGUUAUCGUAAUCACGAAUCUAGUUCUUUGCAUACUGAGGCAGUGAAUGCAAUUAAUAAUUUUAGGAAACGAACAAAUAUUGCUGAACAAAUCAGUACGACAAAGCAGAGAGAAAUGCUUGAUUCUCGUACUGCCUUAUCAGAGAUUUUUCAUACUAUUUUAAUGUUAGCCCAACAAGGUCUACCUCUUCGCGGUAACAACGACGAGCGUUCUAACCUCCUUCGAGUUUUACGAUUGCUAGCUCGACGCGUACCUGAGUUACAGACGUGGUUAAAUCGAGAAAGGGAAAUGGCUGAGCCAUGAUAUCGUUAAUGAAAUUUUGGAAAUUAUGGCUAAUGAGGUAUUGAGAAAAAAUUUGGAGGUGAUUAUAAAUGAGAAGUAUUAUGUUAUAAUGAUUUGAUGAAACCUCAGACAUUUCUAGAGUGGAACAAGUUUCAAUUUGUCUUAGGGUAGUGCAUACAGAUCUAUCUGUCGAAGAAUUUUCGGGGGAUUUUAUUCGACAGAGGAUACAAAAUCGGAAACAUUAUUCAAGCUCGUCGAGAUUGCAUUACUC